CCUCUCAUCUUCAAAAGAGCCUUGGCCCUCGGGUUCUUGUGCCCAAAACUACGCAGACAACUAUUCCUUGGCCAUCAGCUUCAUCAAUUGCUUGAACUAAUCCGCCAUCCAGUUCUGCUUGAUCCUUCUCCGAGCUCAUGGCUCCGUCUACCUCCCUUGGCAAGAUCACGCUCCCGAGGCAGCAGCGCCGCCUCCUCCAACCUCUCAACUCUCCAAAGCACAAGCGCGUCGCCGCCACGCCCCCAGCUGGGUUGCUCCAAGAGUUGCUCGGCGAUGUUCUGCCUCCGAAGCCAAAACACACCUCCGACGAGACUCUGGCCGUCCACGCUGGGGAGAAGCUUGGGAAGGGCGCGGACGAGGCUGCCACGGACUCGAUCGCGACGCCAAUCGUGAGCGGCACAACGCACUGGUUCAAGAGCUCCGAGGACCUCAUCGCCUUCAAGGAAGGCCGGCGGCACAGCCACGAGUACGGCCGGUACAGCAACCCAACGGUGAAGGUCCUAGAGGACAAGAUCAGCGCGCUCGAGAGAGCCGAGGCGACCCUGGUCACGUCAUCUGGCAUGAACGCCAUCGUUACCACGCUGCUCGCACUCGUGCCGCCGGGCGGCCACGUCAUGACGACCACUGACUGCUACAGCGAGGCCCGCGCCUUCAUCGGCGAUAGGCUCUCCAAGAUGGGCAUCAGGUCCACAUUCAUCGACCUCGACGACAUGGAGUCGCUAAAGGCCGUUCUUGACCAGGACGAUGUGACUCUCUUCUACGCCGACUCCCCAACAAACCCACUCCUCAAGUGCGUGGACAUCAGGCUUGUUGCAGAGUUGUGCCACCGGAAGGGCGCCCUGGUGUGCAUCGACAGCACGCUUGCGUCGCCCAUCAACCAGAAGCCCCUCACCCUCGGUGCAGAUAUCGUCGUGCACUCCGCUACAAAGUACAUGGCCGGUCACCACGAUGUCAUUGCCGGAUGCGUUAGCGGCUCGGAGGCACUCAUCUCCAAAAUACGGGCAUGGCACCACGAUCUUGGCGGCGCUAUCAGUCCGAACGCAGCUUACAUGUUCAUACGCGGGCUUAAGACGAUGGCCCUCCGCGUUGAGGCACACAACCGCACGGCGCAACAAAUGGCAUGCCUCCUGGAGUGCCACCCAAAGAUUGAACGGGUGCACUACCCUGGGCUUGAGAGCAACCCAUGGCACCAAGUCGCCAAGAGUCAGAUGACCGGGUAUGGCGGCGUUGUCAGCUUCGAGGUGAAAUCAGACCUCAGCGGCACCAUGAGGUUCGUUGAUGCACUGGAAAUCCCCUUGAUCGCAACAUCGCUUGGCGGUUGCGAGAGCCUGGUGCAGCAGCCGGCGGUCAUGUCAUUCUGGGGUAAGAGUGAUGAGGAAAAGACCAAGAACGGGAUCAAGGACAACCUGGUGAGGUUCAGUUGCGGGAUUGAGAAGUUUGAGGAUUUGAGGGAUGACAUUCUCCAAGCAUUAGAGAAGAUUUAGGACUCACCCAUGAAAAACAUUUUUUAGGAUUUGUAGAUUUUCGCUGGCUAGAACUUCUUUGUACAUGUAUGAGUCUGCUAACUUCAAAGUUAAUUAGUUCUUAGGAUAUUCUUUUAUUCAAAAUGCCUAUUGGCUCAGAGAUAACAAUUUUUGUAUCUUAUAUCACAUAAGUAGUUAAUAAUAAAAAUUACAUGAUACAUUAGGAUAUAUUUUAA